GUUUUCUAUGCCGUGUCAUUAGCGAUUAGGGUUCUAUGAGGUUUAAGGUGUUUAUAUCAGUUAAAAUUGACAGUUAUAUUGCCCAAGAAAGCUAUACGACCAAACAUGGAUGAUUCGGCUAUAAUCGAAGACAGUAAUGAAUUGAACGAGAUGUCGACGGAGUUGAGUCCGGUGAGCAGCCCCGUGCAGGCCAGCCCGAUCACGCGGAUAAUUCCGGAAACAUUCAGAACACUGUCAACGGACUCGAUGACGAAACUUCGUGUUCCGAGAUCGCAGUUCACGUCGGAACGCGACACGUGUGCAGACUGUUUCGACCACUGGUCCGAAUCGGACCAGGUGGAAUUCGUGGAAUAUCUCAUAUCGCACAUGUGCCACACUCAGCACGGCAUCAUCAAUUCCUACUUGAAACCGUUGCUGCAGAGAGACUUUAUAUCCCUACUACCGAAGCGUGGUCUUGACCAUGUAGCGGAGAAUAUAUUAUCAUACCUCGAUGCAAAGUCACUGUGUGCAGCAGAACUGGUGUCCAAGGAAUGGUACAGAGUGAUCUCAGAGGGAAAUUUAUGGAAAAAACUCAUAGAGAGGAAAGUACGAACAGACACGCUGUGGAGGGGUCUUUCCGAAAAGAGAGGAUGGGCAAAAUACCUGUUCAAACCAAAACCUGGCGAAACUCCAAAAGAUCACACGUUUUACCGACGAUUAUACCCGAAGAUAAUCUCUGAUAUUGAGGCGAUCGACAACAACUGGAAGUGUGGCAGACACAACCUACAGAGAAUCCACUGUCGCAGUGAGAACAGUAAGGGCGUGUAUUGUCUGCAGUAUGAUGAUACAAAGAUCGUCAGCGGACUGAGAGACAAUACGAUCAAGAUCUGGGACCGGAACACGCUGGACUGUAUUCAGGUGUUGACGGGGCACACAGGCUCCGUGCUCUGCCUCCAGUAUGACGAGAACGUUAUCAUCACUGGGUCCAGCGAUUCCACUGUCAGGGUGUGGGACGUGCACACGGGUGACAUGGUGAACACGAUCAUACAUCACUGCGAAGCGGUUUUGCACCUGCGAUUCGAGGCCGGCAUGAUGGUUACCUGUUCGAAGGAUCGCUCGAUCGCCGUGUGGGACAUGCACUCGCCGACGGAGAUCACGAUCCGCCGGGUGCUCGUCGGCCACAGAGCCGCCGUCAAUGUCGUCGACUUCGAUCAGAAGUAUAUCGUCUCUGCGUCUGGCGACAGAACCAUAAAGGUGUGGAAUACGUCGACGUGUGAGUUUGUGCGGACGCUGACAGGCCACAAGCGCGGCAUCGCCUGCCUGCAGUACAGAGACCGACUCGUGGUGAGCGGCAGCUCGGACAACACCAUCAGGCUGUGGGACGUGGAAUGUAACGCGUGUCUGCGGGUGCUGGGGGAGCGGACACCAGAGGAGCUCGUACGAUGCAUUCCGCUUCGAACAGACUAUAGAAGAAUCGUUAGCGUCCGCCGCUUACGACGGAAAAUCAAAGUGUGGGAUCUGCAGGCUGCACUUGAUCCUCGGGCGCCUGCAGGAACAUUGUGCUUGCGCACGCUAGUGGAACACACGGGCCGCGUGUUCCGGCUGCAGUUCGACGAGUUUCAGAUCGUGUCGAGCUCGCACGACGACACGAUUCUCAUCUGGGACUUCCUGAACGUGUCGCAGAGCGACGGAUCGCCGGGCUCCACCCGAUCACCGGCGUCAACGCGGUCGCCGUCACGCUCCUACACUUUACCAGAUGAGUGA